AUGGAAACGCCGGCUGUGGAUCUAGAUAAUAUCAUCGAUCGGUUGCUGGAAGUGAGAGGAUCGAAGCCAGGCCAGCAGGUUGACCUGGAGGAGCACGAGAUCCGGUUUCUGUGCUCGAAAGCAAGAUCGAUUUUCAUCAAGCAGCCGAUCCUGCUAGAGCUAGAGGCGCCUAUUAAGAUUUGUGGUGACAUUCACGGCCAGUACUACGACCUACUGCGUCUGUUCGAGUACGGCGGCUUUCCCCCAGAGAGUAACUACCUCUUCCUGGGCGACUACGUGGAUCGUGGUAAGCAGUCGCUGGAGACUAUCUGUCUAUUGCUAGCAUACAAAAUCAAAUACCCGGAAAACUUCUUCAUUCUGAGAGGCAAUCACGAGUGCGCGUCCAUUAAUCGUAUUUACGGGUUCUAUGAUGAGUGUAAGCGUCGCUACAACAUCAAGCUUUGGAAAACCUUCACAGACUGCUUCAAUUGUCUGCCUAUUGCGGCCAUAAUUGACGAAAAAAUCUUUUGCAUGCACGGUGGGUUGUCGCCCGACCUCAACACUAUGGAACAAAUCAGACGCGUCAUGCGGCCAACCGAUAUCCCAGAUGUGGGGCUGCUAUGUGACCUGUUGUGGUCCGAUCCAGACAAGGAUAUUGUCGGGUGGUCCGAGAACGAUCGUGGUGUAUCGUUCACGUUCGGGCCCGACGUCGUCAGUCGCUUCCUACAAAAACAAGACAUGGAGCUUAUCUGCAGAGCGCACCAGGUGGUGGAGGACGGUUACGAGUUUUUCAGCAAACGUCAGUUGGUGACCCUUUUCAGUGCUCCAAACUACUGUGGCGAGUUCGACAAUGCUGGUGCAAUGAUGAGCGUGGACGAGAGCUUAUUGUGCUCCUUCCAGAUUUUGAAGCCAGCGCAAAAGACUUUGCCAAGACCCCAGGGCAAGAAGAAAAAAUGA